CUUGCUUCAGCUAGCAUUUACGUAAGUCAGGUUUCGGUGACAAUUUUCAAUAGGCUUGAUGGUUCUAGUUAGUUUGAUUAGUUCGGGUUUUCAAAGGUCAAAAAAUUCCAUACAAAUCAUACAGUUCUAGCAGUCAUGAAAGCAGAAUUCAGAAAACUACAAUUCCUUAUAUUGAGUGUGAUUUCUGUGAAAGCAUCUAUUUCUCCUGUGACCUCAGUUCCGGGUGAUGUAAGUUUUGCUGGUUUAUUCACUUUAAAUUCCUCCACAAGUUAUGGCGAAUGUAAUGGUAAAGUCUCAACAUCGUCUGUUAUGGAACUGGAAGCAGUGAAAUGGGCAAUACGGCGACUGAAUGACAACAAUUACAUUUCGGGAGUCAAAAUAGGUUUGAUUGCCUACCCUACAUGUCAAUCAGAACAGCUGGCCGGGUACAGGGCAAUGGAGAUCGCUACAGCAAUUAAGGAGAAAUCUCAAAACAUCCUAGGCAUUAUUGGUGCAACAAGGAGUUCUGAAUCAGAAUCCGUGGCUACUAUUCUAUCCAGACUUCCUGUCACAAUCUCGCCCCCGAUGACGUCAUAUUCCUCAACGUGCGUGUCUUUGAGUGAUAAAACCAGAUUUCCGAAUUUCUUCAGAACGAUUUAUUCAGAUCAUAUACAAAUAGAGGUAAUGACGUCGCUAUUGUUGGAACUACAGUGGAAUUAUGUAUCUAUUGUUCACGAAAACAACGCAUACGGCCUUCAUGGCGCAGAAACAUUGCAAGUGGUUUUGAAAAAACAUGGAAUAUGCAUCCGCACCAUAAAUGGAUUUAAUACAACAUAUGGGGUUGAAUUAUCUCUUCUUAAUCAAAUCAUUAAAAACGUCACUUCGCCAGCAGAUGGCGCAGUCAGUGGCAUACUGUUUUUUGGUGGUCAAAUUUCCGCCGAAAAAUUUUUGACGGCCCUUGCAGACCUGAAACUCGGUGGAGAUACGCCAUCAGUAAUAUUUUCAGAAGGUGCCGGAACUUCGAAUGUUGUGUUUAAUGAUAGAACUUUACCAGCAUCUAGGGGAAACCUUGUUGUGAGUCCUACAUAUCAACCGGUGGAAGAAUUUCUGACGCACUGGAGAAACAUUUUUCAAAACGAGACAGUGUUAGCUCAAGAGAAGAUAACGAAUCCUUGGCUUGAGGACGUAUUAAGAGAAAUUAAAACUUGUGGUAACUGCGAGUUUCCCACGGUAGAAGAUAUAAAUGAUGCCGCAUCAAACAAUAUCUACGUAAAAUUUGCUCUAGAAACUGUUUGCAUGUUUGCGAAAGUUUUAAAAGAUUCUCGACAAUUACUGUGUUCUAACGAAAACUGCAGUUCCCUUCAGGCUAAUGCCAUGAAUAUUUUUAAGAAUCACUAG